AUGUGGGGUCUGGACAGGCUUUCCGGGCACUCGACGCCCUCGGGCACGCCUCCACCGCGCCGCGACUCUUACUCCCCAGCUCCUCGCCGGCUGCACCCCACGGAUAGACCCGCGCCCUUGCCGUUGCGACCUGGCCUGAACCCACGCUCGUCCUCAUUGUCGCUCAUAUCACCGCUCUCUUCGACUACGAGUCUACCCUCCACAGCUAAUAUACCCAAUGGCUCAGGGCGCAGACGACCGCCGGGCGGUGUGCCUCCCAACGUGCCAGAUCCAGUGCAGGUGUUGGAAUCGAUUAUGGGAGGACCGCCGCGCAAGCCGCCUCCGUUAAAAGUCAACGGAAUAGGCGUAAUACCAGACAAGCCUGAAGAGUUGGAGACGAGCAUCGACUUCGGGGGGCUAAGUCUGCAGGACUUCGCAGCGGAGGACACACCCGAGCCAGUGGCAUCUCCUGUACAUACAUAUAGCGCUCAGUCAGUUGAAGAAUUUGACAAGGAGAAGGACAAGUUCGAGGACCUGCACAGGUCUAUCAUUGCGUGCGACGAGGUGCUCAAGUCCGUUGAAACCUACCUCACCAAUUUCCAGGCCGAUCUUGGCGCCGUUUCCGCGGAGAUAGAGUCUCUGCAAAACCGCUCGGUCGCGUUGAAUACCAAACUCGAGAAUCGAAAAGUGGUGGAGAAGAUACUAGGUCCGGCGGUGGAGGACAUAAGCAUAUCACCGGCUGUUGUGCGGAAGAUUGCAGAGGGGCCGGUGGACGAAGGCUUCCUACGCGCGCUAUCGGAUCUCGAAAAACGGUCGAAAACGAUCGCCUCCAAGUCCACUUCGCAGACGGACCUCAAGGCUUUAGAAGACAUAAAGCCGCUGCUUACCGACCUUACCAACCGCGCUACCGAACGGAUACGCGACUACAUUGUUGCUCAGAUCAAGGCGAUACGCUCGCCUUCUAUGAACGCCCAAAUCAUCCAACAGCAAGCAUUUUUGAAGUACAAAGACUUGUAUGCCUUCCUAGCGAGGCACCAACCGGAACUUGCCUCGCAAAUAUGCCAAGCGUACAUUUACACUAUGCGAUGGUACUAUCUGAAUCACUUCACGCGAUACAGGAUAAGCCUGGAAAAACUGAAGAUACACGCAUUAGACAAGUACGAUGUGCUCGGUGAAGAUCCCACAUCGAAGAGAAGCGGCGCACUCUUAGGGCCAGCUAGGGGCGGUCCACCAGCCUCAUACGAUGCCUUCUCCCUCGGCCGCCGCGUUGACACCCUCAAAACCACCUCAGUAAACGCCUUACCGGCGCACCUUGCCGAAGAAGAAAAAGCCGCACACUACCUGGAAACACCCUUCCGGAGUUUCAAUCUCGCCCUCAUUGAUAACGCGUGCUUCGAAUACACCUUCCUAACAACAUAUUUUUCGCCCAGCCAAACGUACCACGCUAUCGGUCGCACUUUCGCAGCGAUCUUCGAACCCACAUUUGCCCUUGGGCAGGCUCUCACGAAGCAACUCGUCGAAACGUCAACAGACACGCUCGGCAUGCUCCUCUGCGUCCGUCUGAACCAGCACUUCGCCUUCGAGCUGCAGCGCCGCAAAGUUCCCGCUGUAGAGGGCUACAUUAACGCCACGAACAUGCUUCUCUGGCCGCGCUUCCAGAAGAUCCUCGACCUGCACUGUACAUCCCUCCAAAAACUCACGAAUUCCCUCCCGAACCGACCUUCAACCGGCGCAGCCCUCCUCGGCUCUCAAAACACCGCAAAUUCUACCGCGCCGACGCUGCUAACGCAAAAGUUUGCGAACUUACUGCACGGAAUUCUGUCGCUGAGCAGCGAGGCCGGAGACGACGAGCCGGUUUCUGUGAGCGUGGGCAGGCUGAGGAGCGAGUACGAGGCGUAUCUGGUGCGGAUGGGCAAGGGGAUUGGGGAUGCGAGGAAGAGGGAGAGGUUUCUGUGUAAUAAUUACAGUCUCGUGUGUACAAUAUUGACCGAUGUGGAGGGGCGGUUGGGUGAGGAGGCGCUGGCGCAUUUUGAGAAGUUGAGGGAUGCGCAUGAUAAAUGA